GAUCGCGUUUGUUGUAAUCUAACAACCACUGCUCUAUUUCACAUUUGUUGAAAUUUCCAUGAAAACAAAGCAUUAUUAUUGGCUACAUAAACGACUAAUUGAGUUUGACCAAUAAUUUAGUCGGACUAAAACUUAAACACGUUUCUUUAUAAAAAUGCGUUUACUUUCUGAAAAGUCUUCAAGCAGAAUGAAAAGAACGAAACACUAUUUUCUGUGUGAAUUAUGUACAUUCAACACAAGGAACAAGCGUAACACAUUCUUGGAGGAGAAGACAUCUAUUCUAUUAUAAAUGCUCGGCUUGGGGUGAUUCCUGAAUUAAUCUCCAAGUAGAAUUAAGAAUUAGGAAACAGUCUUCUUUACUUGGAAUGAUGAAUUCUAGAUUAUUAUUUGCUUUGGUGCUUAAUCUGAUAAUAGUUUUGAAAGUCGCAAGAGCUGGUGCUGAGAGCAAGGUUCAUAUAGUGUAUCUGGGUGAAAAGCAGCAUGAUGAUCCUAAGCAUGUCACAGAAUCUCAUCACCAGAUGUUGUCGUCACUUCUUGGAAGUGAAGUGGAAGCACAUGAUUCAAUGGUUCAUAGUUACAGGCAUGGCUUUUCAGGCUUUGCUGCUAAGCUUACCGAGUCACAAGCCAAGAAAAUUGCUGAUUCACCUGAUGUUGUUCAUGUCAUACCUGAUAGUUUUUACGAACUUGCCACAACUAGAACUUGGGACUACUUAGGUCUUUCUGUUAGCAAUCCGAAGAAUCUCCUAAAUGAUACAAACAUGGGUGACCAAGUGAUUAUUGGCUUUAUUGACUCAGGAGUGUGGCCAGAGUCUGAAUCCUUUAAUGACAAUGGGGUUGGACCAGUGCCGAGCCAUUGGAAAGGGGAAUGUCAAUCAGGAGAAAACUUCAUGUCAACAAACUGCAAUAGAAAGCUAAUAGGAGCCAAGUACUUUAUCAAUGGGUUUCUUGCUGAAAACGAAGGAUUCAACUCCACAGGAUCACGUGACUACAUCUCUGCUAGAGACUUUAUUGGUCAUGGAACGCACGUAGCCUCUAUCGCAGGUGGUUCCUUUGUUCCCAACGUAAGCUACAAGGGACUCGCUGGAGGUAACUUGAGAGGUGGUGCACCGCGUGCUCGCAUAGCAAUAUACAAGGCUUGUUGGUAUGUGGAUCAGUUAGGCGCGGUGGCUUGUUCAUCUUCUGACAUAUUGAAAGCAAUGGAUGAAGCUAUGCAUGAUGGUGUUGAUGUAUUGUCGCUCUCUCUCGGAGCUCAAGUUCCUCUGUUUCCUGAAACUGAUCUGCGCGAUAGGAUUGCGACUGGAGCGUUCCAUGCAGUAGCAAAGGGAAUCAUUGUUGUUUGUGCUGGUGGGAACUCUGGCCCAGCGGCUCAGACCGUCUUAAACACAGCUCCUUGGGUCAUAACAGUUGCUGCAACAACUCUGGACCGGUCCUUUCUCACACCUAUCACGCUUGGGAACAACAACGUCAUACUGGGUCAAGCACUAUACACAGGUCCAGAAGUUGGCUUCACCAGUUUGGUUUAUCCAGAGAAUUCAGGGCACAGCAAUGUGACCUUUAGCGGUGUCUGUGAGCGUCUUAAUCUCAACCCAAACGGUACAAUGAGAGGAAAAGUUGUGUUGUGUUUUACGACAGCAACACUCUUCACUGCUGUAUCAAGAGCUGCCUCUUAUGUGAAGGCAGCCGGUGGUGUUGGGGUGAUCAUUGCAAGAAAUCCAGGUUACAAUCUCACUCCAUGUAGAGAUGAUUUCCCCUGUGUAGCCAUUGAUUACGAGCUCGGGACGGAUAUACUUCUCUACAUACGCUCCACUGGAUCACCUGUUGUGAAGAUACAACCUUCUAGAACAAUGGUAGGACAACCUGUGGGGACAAAGGUGGCAACUUUCUCAUCAAGAGGACCUAACUCUAUUUCUCCUGCAAUAUUAAAGCCUGACAUAGGGGCACCAGGAGUGAGCAUACUAGCUGCUACAUCUCCAGAUUCCAACUCCAGUGCUGGAGGAUUUGAUAUUCUUGCGGGAACAUCCAUGGCGGCUCCAGUUAUUUCAGGAGUUGUUGCACUUCUCAAAGCUAUGCACCCUGACUGGUCUCCUGCUGCUAUUAAAUCAGCCAUUGUCACUACAGCUUGGAGAACAGAUCCAUUUGGAGAGCAGAUUUUUGCAGAAGGUUCAUCUCGCAAAGUAGCUGACCCGUUUGAUUAUGGUGGAGGCCUUGUGAACCCAGAGAAAGCAGCAGAUCCAGGUCUCAUAUACGAUAUGGGCCCAAAAGACUACAUUCUCUACUUAUGCUCGGCCGGUUACAACGACUCAUCUAUCUCUCAGCUUGUUGGACAAGUAACAGUCUGUUCAAACCCUAAACCUUCUGUUCUUGAUGUCAACUUGCCUUCACUCACAAUUCCAAACCUUAAAGAGGAAGUCAAUCUCACCAGAACUGUCACUAAUGUUGGACCAGUUAAUUCAGUCUACAAGGUUGUGGUCGAGCCUCCGCUUGGGGUUCGAGUGGUUGUGACGCCGAAGAAAUUAGUGUUUAACUCCAAAACCAAAAGUCUAUCCUUCAUGGUUCGAGUCUCGACCAUACACAAAAUCAACACAGGAUUCUAUUUUGGAAGCUUGAUUUGGAGGGACUCUGUGCAUAACGUGACUAUUCCUGUGUCUGUGAGAACACAGAUUCUGCAAAACUAUUAUGAUGAGAAUUAAUGAUUCUUGUUUUUGAUGAUUAAAUGUAUACCAAAUCUUGUCUUCCCUUCUCAUUUAUGGUUAAUAAGAAUAUAAAUAGUUAUGGUUAA